CAGAGAUAGGGCGUGGACGAAAGAGGUGUGAAAAGUAGAGGACGGGUGUGUAAGUCAACCUGGGACAGCUCUAUUGAAAUUCGUGGAUUUUUUUUUUCUUCCCUACCUCUUGCUGAUGCUUUAUGAGCCUGAAACUCGGAGCAUGCCAAGGAAUUAGGUCAUGCCCGCCCAUGAAAGAGCUCCUUUUGGAUGUUUUGUUUUCGCCUUCUCGGUUUUGAGGAUAUGACCCUUGUGCUGGUAUUACUGGUUCAGACUGGUUACUGAAAGCCAAUUCCAGCAUGUCCUGGAAAAGAAACUACUUUGCAUCAGGCAGCAGUGGGCUGCAGGGCAUCUUUACUCCACGCACCAUGACCUCCAUCGCUCCCAGCAAAGGGCUCAGCAACGAGCCAGGACAGAACAGCUGCUUCCUCAACAGCGCUCUGCAGGUUCUCUGGCACCUGGAUAUUUUCCGCAGAAGCUUUCGGCAACUAACCACACACAAGUGUAUGGAGGACUCGUGCAUCUUCUGUGCUCUCAAGAGCAUCUUUGUGCAGUUUCAGUACAGCACAGAAAAAGUCUUGCCCUCUGAUGCCCUGCGUACCGCUCUGGCCAAGACCUUUCAGGACGAGCAACGCUUCCAGCUGGGCAUCAUGGACGACGCUGCUGAGUGCUUUGAGAACAUCCUCAUGCGUAUCCACUUUCACAUCGCGGAUGAGAGCAAGGAGGACAUCUGUACAGCCAAGCACUGCAUUCCACACCAGAAGUUCGCCAUGAUGCUCUUCGAGCAGUGCGUGUGUGGGAGCUGUGGAGCGUCAUCAGAUCCUUUGCCCUUCGUUCAGAUGGUGCACUACAUCUCCACCACCUCUCUGUGUAACCAGGCUGUAAGGAUGUUGGAGUGCAGGGAGAAACCAACUCCGGACAUGUUCGGGGAACUGCUGAGAAACGCCAGCACUGUGGGAGACCUGCGCAACUGUCCUGGUAACUGUGGAGAGAAGCUUCGUAUCCGUCGCGUGCUCAUGAACUCUCCUGAGAUCAUCACCAUCGGCCUGGUGUGGGACUCGGAAAACUCCGACCUCGCCGAGGACGUCAUCCACAGUCUGGGCACAAUCCUGCGUCUCGGAGACCUCUUCUCCAGGGUGACGGAGGAGAAAGCCAAGCAGGCAGAGCUCUACCUAGUGGGCAUGGUGUGUUACUACGGCAAACACUACUCCACAUUCUUCUUCCAGACCAAGAUCCGGAAAUGGAUGUACUUCGAUGAUGCGCAUGUCAAGGAGAUUGGGCCGAAAUGGAGGGAUGUGGUGUCUCGUUGUAUAAAGGGUCAUUACCAGCCGCUCCUGCUGCUCUACGCUGACCCCCGCGGCACCCCGGUGUCCGUGCAGGACCUGACGUCUCGCUUGGACCUUCACCACUACACCAAAACCUACUACGACAGCGAGGACUCUGGUCGUGAGCCGUCCAUUUCGAGCGACACGCGAACAGACUCGUCGACGGACAGCUACAGCUACAAACCUUCCCACUCGCACCAUGAGUCCAUGGCCUCGCACUUCUCGUCGGACUCCCAGGGAACGAUCGUGUGCAACUCCGAAAACGCCGCGUCUCACAGCAGUCUAGACACUACAGGCCCUGACAGCGAGCCCGCUCAGCGCCACACGCCUAGAAAAAGUGGGACCACAGAUAGGAAGAGUGGAGCGGUGGACAGGAAGAGGAGUUCCAGCCGACCGCGCCGAUUCGACGAGAGAAGUCGAACCUCAAAGUCCGACGAGGUGUCCUCUGCAGGAUACCACAGCGAGGGUGAGACCCUGAAAGAGAAACAGGUUCCUCGGGGGACUCCUAAACCUAGUUCGAGCCGUCUACGGGACUUUAAGGAGAGCAUGAGCAGCAUGAUCCUGAGCCGGCCGCUAUCCGCCGACAGCACCAGCAGCGAGUCCAGGUCCAGCACCGGUGGAGGACGCUACAGGCCGGCCUGGAAACCGCGCCGGGACACUCUCAACAUAGACAGCAUCUUCAACAGAGAGAAACGCAAGCAGGCCGGCUACGCUCCACUGGGCACCGUGUUGCCUGAGGAUAGCAGCCACCAGAGUGCACUGACAGGCUCGCUGGAUCAAAUGCGUUUCGGUGCGACAUCUGCAUCCAGAACGCUACCAUCAACUCAGGGCAAGAGGAUGGACCCUCCUCGGCUCAUCCAGAGGAUGGAGAGUGGCUAUGAAAGCAGUGAAAGAAACAGCAACAGUCCUGUGAGCCUGGACAUCCCCAUUACAGAGGGAGCUGUGAAUGGAUCACACAGUGUAAAAGACGCGGGUUUGAUGAAGCCCCCCUCCGGUGACGGCCCUGCUUGCAAGAGUGGACAGAAGUCGAAAAGCAGCAGUUCCCUCCUGCUGGAUGUCAAAGCCUCAGUCAGAGGAACCAGUCAUACAAGUUUAGCAAGCGCAGAUGGCCGAAGCGAGCUGGACGAGCUCCAGGAGGAGGUGGCACGUAGGGCAAGAGAGCAGGAGCUGCAGAGGAGGAAGGAGAAGGAGAAAGAAGCAGCCAUGGGCUUCAACCCCAAACCCAGCAAGUUCAUGGACCUGGAUGAGCUCCAGAACCAAGGUAAAGGGGACGGCUUUGAGCGGUGUGUGCUGGACGCGGAGGCUCUGUUAGAUCAGUCUCUGAGGCUGGAGCAGGCAGGCGAGGUCGCUGCCGCGCUCUCUGUCGUAAACGAAGCAAUGUCCAAACUCAGGCAUGCCAUGCAUGAAGGCAGUGCUAACGGGCAGGGCAGGACAGUGGCUGAGGCUCGGAUGCAAAAGUGUUUGAGGAAGGCGCGAGGCCUGCAGCAGCGCAUGCAGCAGCAGGAGAAGCAGCAACAACAACAACAACAACAACAACAGCAGCAACAACAACGACAGGAGGAGAAGGAGGAGGAGGAGAGGGAGGAAACGCAGGAACAAAAGCUGCCUAUCAGUGAACAGCCUGUCAAGAUCCAAAUACUUCUGACAGAUGCUCAAGAGGAGGUUGUGGAUUCGCUCUCAGAAGCUUCCUUAGGCCCACCCCUACCAUCCCACAUAAUCCCCCAUUCCCCAGCUCCAUCCACGUCUGAUCUCUCCCACUCCUACUUCAGAGAGAGCCCUGAACGUCCUCCAUCCGCCGAUAACAGACAGCAUCAACACACUCGCUCAAACUCACAGGAGCGUCCCCUUGCCUCAGCCUACACGACCUGUAAACCCGGUGCCAGCUCUGUAUCUAGGCCCACGGUAAACGGCGCCGCCCAGGUGCCUUCGUCAGCCAGAGACAGACCUGACGCUCACAACCAUCACCCACCCAUGUCCCGGAGCUUCAGUGUCCCGCGUUCUUCCACUUCCUCCGAUCCCUACAGCUCAGAGGAAAAGCCACAGAUGCUCCACUCACAAAAGUCACCACAGCGCCCUGACACCACUCCACAUACGCAGAGCUCCAUGUCAUCUUUCCCUUCAUCCCCGUGCCUCCUGCCUCGCUCCACCUCACCGGCCAGGCCCAUGCCUGUAGAGCGCUGGGCUGAAAAUGUUACCAAAUACUACAAUUCCCAAACAGCUUCGCAGCAAUGUGACUCGUCCUGUGAAGAGUCUGAACUCGACUCGCUGUACCGAGCCAGCUUGCGGGCUCCCAGCAAACCACGGGGCUCCUGCGGGCCCAGUCCGCAUCCCACUGGGAGACAAGGUCCUGCUGCAGCACGCAGACUCACAUCUGGACACUCGGGCUCACUCGGACGCUCCAAAACCCCGACUGCUGAGAUCGAGAGGAGUGCUUACAGAACACCAGAAUACAUCAGCACGCCUCCACACAGACCUGUUACACCUACGGUGCGUGACGUAGCAGCGAGUGAGGAUCAGAUGUACAGUGCUGAGAAUCUGCGUCGUAUCUCUCGCAGUCUGAGUGGCACGGUCAUCAGAGGACGAGCAGAGAACCCUGUUCCCUCUCGCAGCUUUGACCCGCCACCACCGAGAAUUGCUAAGCAUGUGGACCCUCGAUUCAACCCUCGCCAGUCCAGCACUUCCCCGCAUGCCUCAUCCGUUACCCACAAUCCUUCGGGUUUCACCCACCACUCCGAGAACCUGCAUCCACGUCAGCAGCAAGCUCUCCUCCCUCCGUCUCCACUGCAGUGGCCCGCUCGAGGACAAUCAGUGUCUGCCGGAGAUCCCCAAAAGGUCGACAGGUUUCUGGCUGUGCUUGAUCGGGGUGAAGCUCAGACCUACAAAGGCUCCAACAGCGUUGCAAUGAGCUAUGGGACCCUUCCUCGGGCACCCUGGAGAUCGGCUCCUCCCGUGCAGUCCGUGCCUCGGGCCAAAGUCGGACAUGCUGCUCAUCCUGAUCCCCGGACCUACGCCGAUCCCCGCUAUGCCACCCUGGCUCACUCGGGCCACUCAAUGCCUGCUAGCAGAAAUGUGGCCAUUUCUCAACACCAACCUCAGCAUGCCAGCUUACCCAGACACCUGCAGUAUGUGCCCACUGCCCAGCCCAUGCGUAUGGAUAUGCCACCAGAGAGAAACCUCAGGAGUGCUGCUUACAGGACAGGUCACCCGGAUGGCCAGGCGCUCAGGCCCCGACGUGAUUCUCACACUCAGCUCUGUUCCCUGUGCCAGCAGGCUCCAUCUGAACCCAUGGGCAACUACUGCCAGGCCUGCAUCGCCUACAGAAACCACUACAGGCAGGCCAACUGAGCAAAUUGGAGCACCACUUCAUGAAAAUGCCAGCAUCAUGUCACAUGAUCAUUUCUCAUACACACCUUCAUACAUACAUCUGCAUGAGAAGGAGUGGGAAUGAAGGAGAGUCGUACACCAGCCUAAUCCUUAGUUUCGCUUCCUGCAUCCAUCUCCUUCAUCCUCCCCUGUUGGUUGAAGCCUAUUUUUUCUUUUCUUUUCUUUUUUUUUUUUGGUCGAUGAAGAAUGGCCUCAAACUUCGCGUCGGCACUGUGCACAUCAUGACGGCUGAAGACUGUUUUAGACUCUGGAUUUAGAUUUCUCGCUUGUGUUUUAUCGACUGAACACAAUAGGAAGAACAGAAUCCGUUCCUCGAAUGACCUGCCAAUGUGAUCGGUGUUUAACUACAGUGUUUUGGUAAGAGUGCAUUUUUAUGAGGACAAAAAGCACAAAUUGAAGACAAGACUUUGAGACAGAGCUUACUAUUUUUGGAUUACUGAACCACAGGUCUGGAUUAUAAAACUGUUAAAAAUCCUCAUUUUAUUUUAGAUUUCUGAAAAUCAUCUCGCAUUCUAGAAUAAGCAGAGUGAUGUAUAUUAUAUUUAAAAUUAUAAAGUUAAAUGUUUAGAAACUAUCGUGAUGUGUGAAUGAGUUGAAAGCAGUGCAGUAGAAACGUUGGGACAGGGACGAGUGGUGGAGCGAGAACAUUUCCAUUUGUUUUGUGUUCUAGCUUCAUGACAUGCCAAGUGUCUCCUUAAAAAACACUCAUGAUGGAAUGGAAUUGAUUAUUUCGGUGUAAAAAUACACCCACUUGUCACAUGAAUUAUUAUGAGAGGAUUUUAAAGCGGAAGGCAUUAUAAAAAAUAAAAAAAAGAAGUUUUUAAAAUAAACCAGAACCAACAGUGUUAAAGUCACAGGCGUACCGGGUACAGCAGAUAAGAAUAACACAUGAAACUUUAUUUGCUUAGCAUUAACGCUGAUGAAACAUAUUUAUUCCAGUCUUAAAAACAUACGCUGCGUCUGGCAGGUAUAUACAUUUUGUAUUUUUUUAUUAUUGUUUUAUUUUAUUUUAUUAAAACUCUGCAACGUAAUCACAACCAAAGCUGUGAAGUGAGCUGAGAACGUUGCAUCAUUUAGAUUUAAGACCUAAUGCAAAAAAUAUACUCAAAGCAGUCAGAAUAUAACUACUGAUUACUUCAGUGUUUAAGAUCCAGAUAUAGUCCAUUUAUGCAACAGCAUGGCUAAAACAGAUUCAGUUCAAGGAGAAACGUUUCUAGAGCUGCCUGAGAGGCGUCCCUUUCGCCCUGGGUGACUCCGCCCCCUUCGUUUAAUCAUAAUUUGCAUGGUGAGUUGCCUUCAAGGCAAAAUGCACAGAGCUGAACAGAUCUGUUCCAACUGCACCAGGAAUAUAGAGACAAAACGACAUAAUGUGCAGCACAGAGGAUGACCAUCACUGCCAUCCACUGGGUUAGGAGACGCCCUUGAGUAUCACAAACUGCAAUUAAGUACGUACGUCCCUCUGACCUAGAACCAUAUUUCUUGGAUUAGAAUGGGUCCAGUGUAUAUUUUAAUACAUGAUCAAAAUUCCAGGGAAUUUUUUUUUUUUUAUCAGAUAUUGGAAUAUCAUUUCUAGCUGAUUAGAUGCAACCUCAGUGUACAGUUUAAUUUGAUUCGAAAUCUUCAAAAAGGGAAAAUAAUAAAAAAUAUAUACUGUAUAUAUUAGUAUUUGUAAUAGGAAUGCAACAGUAAUAAAAAAGAAAGCUUUACUGAUAUAUAGAUGCACAUUUUGAUUUAUCUCAGAUUUCUCAGUACUUACAGUAUUGACCCAUGAAUCUUACUCCAAUUUUUUUUUUUUACUUGCUCUAGACGUAUGCUAGAUCAUGAUGGAAACUAAGGCAUUUUAACAAACGCAGUGGUUAAAAGAACCAAAUCAUUCUUCCUAAGAUGCGUAAAACCUUACUACGUGUAAUAUGUGUAACUUCCUGGUGCAGUGAAGAGCAAAAUCUGACCAAACUAUCAUAUUAAGGUAUUGGUUAUGUGUAACAGCAAAAAAGACAACCCAAAUCGAUUGUUUAAAAUCUGACGUUUGCUCUUAAAAUAUCCAUUAUACUUCAAUAUUGCAAAAAACACACACAUUAGAAACGUCAUGACGUGAAGUAUUUUUUCCGGCCACCGCAUUAUCCCACCCAAACUCAGUAUUUCAUCUUAUCCCAUGUCGGAAAACGUUGCACUUAAUGGCAUGAUGUGGUGGAUUCAGCGAGCCACAGCCACUAAAUGAAUGCUUUAAACGUUUUAACAGUCAUGCUUAAAAACCGUGCAGCUACAGAUGCUACAAAGUGUAUAUGCAAUGUCGCAAGGCCUGUGUUCAUAUAACUUAAUACCGUAUACUAGCCUGAGAUUUGUGAUUUUUGCUUAACUAUGUUAAUCCUGGUUUAGUGCACUUCACAAGUGUUAAGUUAGGAAGUGUAAUUCUGUUGUAAUGUACAUUUCCCAUUAUUAUGGGAAUAAUUCAAUGUUUAUAUGUGUAACUGCAUAAUCUAUAGAUCUAUAUAUAAAAUUUAGUCAUAUAUAUAUAUAGUUUUCUAUACUGUACUGAUACUGAAUAUAUAAAUCAGUAUUUUCCUGAAGUACUGACCUCUAUAAAAGUGUAAUUAAUUAUACACUUACAUAUAAGUUUUUGGGAAGGAAACCGGGCUUGUUCGGUUUCUCUCCUCGCAGUCAGUGGGACAUAAGAGCAGAGACAAAAUGAUCAAACUGGGACCUGCUUUAAAUUAAGUUUGCAGUGGUUCUUAAACUUUGUGCAGCCAGGGACUCCUUACUGUACCUUCACAGUACAGAUUUAUUUAUAAACACAGUGCUAAUAUUCAAAUAUAAAAUUGGUUAUUAUGUACAGUAAUAAUCUGACUAUUGUUUUUUUUUUUUAUAUAACUGAACCAUCGACUGAAAGGACACAGUAGAUUUAAGCUUGGGCCAAGUUGCGUUUUGAAUUAUAGACGUCUUUGGUGUUGUCCCUCUUGAGACCCAGAUGUUAUACACCCCAAUAUAACAUGAGUUUCACUUAACUAUACUGCCUGGCCAAAAAUAAAAUAAUCACAAUUUCAAAAGGGUCAAAUUAUUGAGCUGCAUAAAGCAAAGAAAACCACUAAGGAGAUUUGUUAUUGGGUUAAGAAAACCUGCAAAGGUAGUGCUGAACCAUCACUUAAACACUUGGCCAUCAGAAAACCACUUGUUACUGAGAUUAAUAGGAAAAAAGGCUUAGAUUUGCAAAGGAUCAUAAAGAUUGGACUCUGGAGCAAUCAAAAAUGAUCAUGUGGUCUGAUAAAUCCAGAUUGAACCUAUUUCAGAGUGAUGAGUGCAUCAGGGUGAGAAGGCAUCAUGAAUAGUGCCCACUGUACAAGUCUCUGGAGAUACAGCAGGGUUAUGAUCUGGGGUCGCUUCAGUUGGUCAGGUUACGUUAUGUGGCAUUAAAAUAAAGUCAGCUAACGACCUGAAUGUUUGUUCCAGGACUCAAAUUGUGAAAGUGUGGUUCUAGGAGCAUAAAGAAGCAUUUUCACACACGAACUGGACCACAUUGUGUGAUGUAAUCAAAGCUAAAGGUAAUUGAAUUAAAUCUUAGCGUGUACAUUUUUUUGGCCAGGCAGUGUAUAUAUCUAUAUAUCCUUGUGCACUCCUUAUAUGUGGACCGUUGGGUAUAACUUUUUUGCCAACCUAUUUCUGGUUGUUCUUAUAAAGUUAUCGGGUGAUGAUAAAGAGGAACAACGAGGAGAAAAUUCAAUGUACUCUAGAGUCCAAGUCUCAGGAGGUUUAGAGGAAAAAAAAGGUCUGUGCGCAACCUGGUUGCAAAAAGACCCAAGUAUGUUAGCAAUCUGAUUUUACAUCUGUAUUUUUUUUCUUUUAUGCUAUAAUCAGAAUAAAACGUUUCCAAAAUUGUUACCUUAUAUUAUGUAGGAAUUAAAACAGCAUCCAUCAGUUACAAUCUUAUCCACUUGUUAUAAUGGUUUAGAACUAAAAAGAAAGGAAGUGCUAUUCAUGCUUCUAUGAAUUUGCCUGUUGAAUUUUUUUUUCUUUUGUUUUUUUUUUCAUCUUCACGAAAAUCAGGAGACUCUGCUGACAUCAGAGACACGUUUCAAAAAGGGAGUCUACUGAUGUUUGAUUUACACACAGCGAAUUAACAUGAGAACGUAUUCAUAAAUAUCAUAUCUUUUCUAAAGAGUUUGGUUUUUCAACAAAAACGCACCAACAAACCCUGGCCUUGCUUUAAUAUGUCCCGGUUUGAGAACCACUAGUUUAUGGAAAUGCCUUUUCUGCAGUUUGUCUCAUGGAGGAAACGUGAAAACGUUCUAAAAAGCUGAACGGUCUGGGAAAAUGAAUGCUGGAUUUUUUGCUUUAACAAUUUGUAAUUUAAACAUGACAUCAGUAAAUGCAUUUAAAUGUUCAGUAAUAGUUUGAAAUCACUAUAAAUCUAAUUGAAGUUAAAAGUCUAGUUUUUCCUCAGUGAUUUAAAAAACAAAGUCUAAUUUUGUUGUAUGAAGGUAAGUAUUUUUGCAUUGCUCUUGCUAUUUUAGAGACUUUUUUUCCUGUGUAAGAAGUUUAACAUGAAGUCGAUUUUUGCCAGAUGUAUUGGAUACAGUACUGUAUGCAUUAGUCAGCUGUCUGUUCGCUUUUCUCUUAUUUUUUUUUCUGCAAAUGAAGUGAACCAGACAGGGAAAAAUUGAAUAGUGUAAAUGCAUAUGUAUAUAAAGAUAUUCAUAGCCUUCAGUCUUAAACAUGGAGAUUAAUUCUAGUUUGAAUCUUGUUUGUAUAUGCUGUGGUAGAAACUGGAACUGGUAUUUUUGCAAUAAAGAGUUAUUGUUGUGCUCUAGUGAGGAGCGAAA